CCGUGAGAUCCGAUCAGAGAUCGCCAAACAACAAGAUUUCCUUAGUUGUUUUCGCCUUUCUUCUUUUUUUUCGUUUUGUGUUCUUUACAAUUGCAUAUUUUUCCUCAUUUAUUUUGUAUUUUUUGUUCUUUCGUUCGUUCGUAUUUCGUGUUUGUUUGGCGUGAUGAGAGCCAAAUAAAAGAAACCUCUGUGUGUGAAAAGAACUAAUUCUAGAGGAAAAGUCAUAAUAUGCUCGACAACAACAAAACAUGACAACAACCAAAAAAACCAAAAAAAGAAAGAAUUCAAAUAAAUACUAAGUGACAUUUGUGGGGUACAACAUGUCGUAUGCGUGUUGCACUCGAGAAAAGUGAAAGUUUUCCCAACCAUAAACCACAAAAAUAUUUGGUGUAAUAUUCUUUAUAUUUUUUUUUUUUGUGUGUUUGGUGGUUUAUUUUAUUGAAAAUAUGUGUCCAUCAACGCGGCUUUAGAAUCGCUUACACUCAAGAGGCAGCAGAAGCAAAAGGAAUGUGAAGACGGCAACAGCAACAAUAAUAAAAUACAGCUGACUAAAAUGCGAAGUGAACUUGUUUAUUUAAUAUAAAUAUAAGAAAAACGCCUCGUAUUCGCCUUUCGUAUCACAUUAAGCGCAUAACACAAAGCAGAAGCAAACAACAGAAGCAGCAAAAAACAGACACACAGCAAAAAGAAAAACCCCGUUUCCCCCCUCCGGUCUUUUGCUUCUGCUUUCCUGCGAGAUCACUUUAUCGCCGUCUAUCGAAAUCGCCAUCGGCAUUGAGAUCGCGGGCAAUCGGUUUUGUUGAUUGUGAUCAAGAACGUGGCACGUUUGCAGUUAACGAAAGUCUUCGAGGCGCACCUCGGCCACAACAACAACGGCACGCAAAUCGUGUAGAGUAUUCGGCGCGUCGUUGACGCGCAAACGGACGCCAAGAUGAUGUUCACCCGCGCCCAGGUGCGCAAGCAGAAGGCAACCUCCAGCUCCUCCAGCAGCAGCAGCCAGCGUCCUCGCAGCUCUGGCGGCGGCUCCUCACGUCACGAUGUACGCUAUAAGCAGAGCUCAUCGAGCAGCAGCGGCGCCGGCAGCGGAAUUAGCGGCUCCAGCGGUGGCACACGUCGUGAUCGGGAUCGCGAUCGUGAUCGUGACCGGGAUCGUGAGCGUGACCGUGAACGUGAACGUGACUGUGAUGAUCACUACAACAAUCACUAUCACUAUGGCAAGCAGCAUUCCUUUGAGCUACCGCGCCAGCACUCCAAGGAGGAGACCUACAACCGCGACAGAGAAAGAGAACGUGACACUGGUGGUGGAGGAGGAGGAGGAGGUGGUGGUGGUGGAAGCGGUGGUGUUAGCGGUGGCUAUGUGGAUAGACGCACAAGACCACGCAGCAUCACGAAUCGUCGUGGCGCCAUCAAGCAUCAGAAAACGCACGAUAUUAACGGACAUCGCUUUGUGGCCAAGUUCUUUCGCCAGCCCACGUUCUGCGCCUUCUGCAAUCUGUUUCUUUGGGGUUUUGGCAAACAGGGUUACCAGUGCAUAAUUUGUCAAACGGUUGUGCACAAGAAAUGCCACGAGAAGCUGCUUGGCAAAUGCUCUGGCUCCGUCUUCAAUUCAGCCAGCACAAUUCUGCUGCGCGAACGCUUCAAGAUCGAUAUGCCGCAUCGUUUUAAGCCGCACACAUUUAUGUCGCCGACGUUUUGCGAUCAUUGCGGCUCGCUUAUGGGCGGAUUUUUCAUUCAGGGUCUGAAGUGCGAAGAAUGUGACGUGAAUUGUCACAAGAAAUGCGAACGUCUCACGGCCAAUUUAUGCGGCGUCAAUCAGAAACUCAUCGUCGAGGCGCUCAACCACGUAAAACGAGGCGCACGUGAGGCAAGAGAUUCACCCAGCACACCGCCCAGCUGCAAUCCCGCCUACAAGAUCGAGGCCAACGAUGAACACGAUGAAACAUCAUAUACAUAUUCACAAUUCCAAAAAUCCGGACGUUUCACAGCGCCAGCAACAGUAAUACCUAGAUUUAAGAAUUAUUCGGUAGAUGAUUUUCAUUUUCUGGCCGUGCUGGGCAAAGGAAGUUUCGGCAAGGUACUGCUGGCUGAGUUGCGUGAUACAACAUAUUAUUAUGCCAUCAAGUGCCUGAAGAAGGAUGUUGUGCUGGAGGACGAUGACGUCGACUCAACGCUGAUCGAACGCAAAGUUUUGGCAUUGGGCACCAAGCAUCCAUAUCUAUGCCAUCUGUUUUGCACAUUUCAAACAGAGAGUCAUCUGUUCUUUGUGAUGGAAUAUCUAAAUGGCGGAGAUCUCAUGUUCCACAUCCAGGAGAGCGGACGUUUCUCCGAGGAGCGUGCACGUUUUUAUGGCGCCGAAAUCAUAUCCGGCCUCAAGUUUUUGCACAAGAAGGGCAUUAUCUACAGGGAUCUCAAAUUGGACAAUGUAUUGCUGGACUAUGAGGGUCAUGUGCGUAUUGCUGAUUUUGGCAUGUGCAAAUUGCAAAUCUAUUUGGAUAAGACGGCCGAUAGUUUUUGCGGCACACCCGAUUACAUGGCGCCCGAAAUCAUCAAGGGUGAGAAAUACAAUCAGAAUGUGGAUUGGUGGUCAUUCGGUGUGCUGCUCUACGAAAUGCUAAUCGGGCAAUCGCCAUUCAGCGGCUGCGAUGAGGACGAACUCUUCUGGUCGAUCUGCAAUGAAAUUCCAUGGUUCCCCGUCUAUAUAUCCGCCGAAGCAACUGGCAUACUCAAGGGCCUGCUGGAGAAGGAUUACACGAAGCGCAUUGGAUCACAGUAUAGUCCGGCUGGCGAUAUUGCCGAUCAUAUAUUCUUCCGGCCCAUCGAAUGGAAUCUGCUCGAGAAGCGGCAAAUUGAGCCGCCCUUUAAGCCCCAAGUGAAACAUCCAUUGGAUACGCAAUAUUUCGAUCGUGUGUUUACUCGAGAGCGUGUCCGUCUCACGCCCAUCGAUAAAGAAAUACUCGCUUCCAUGGAUCAGAAGCAGUUCCAUGGCUUUACCUACACAAAUCCGCACAUCACCCUGGACUAGAGGGUUAAUAGAACUAGCAAUUAAGAAGAUGAAGUUAGUUAAUAAAUUAAUACACUCUUAUAACCCCAAACAAGAAUUACUUCAUAGAGCAACAGUAUUUGUAUAUGUAUGUAUAUAUAUCUAUCUAUCUUUCGAUUAUGAUAAUAAUGAUUAUGUUUCUGUCGUAAGUGAUGAUACGAGUCUCAUUUAGCUCGUUAUUUAUUUAUUAAUUAGGUUUACUUAAGUGUCACAAUUGUUCAAUUUCCUAGCCAACUAACAAUACUCUUAAUCGAGAGAGAGAGAGUCUGAGAAUUCUUCUCACAUCACUUUUUUUUUGGUUGGCUUCGAAUACGUUUAUAAUGCUAGUCAUCUUAGUUAAUACUCGGUAAAUCUCGAAAUAAGAUAACUUAUAUUAUAUAUCUCUCUGUACAUAUAUCACAUUAAUACUUACUAUCGAUUAAUUUUUUUUUUGCAAUUGGGUCUAAAUUAGUUAUACAAGCUCUAAACCAAAGUCUACAUAUGUAAUCGUAUGUAUAUGCUAAAUAAUUUUAAAAUAAAAU